AUGGCGGAUCCCUUCGAAGUGCGCAUGCGCUUCACCCACCAUUUGCGCCAGCUUAAUGCAUCGGUGACAUCGGCGCAGAAGGCUGCCCAGUAUGCCUUGAAGUAUCGAGAUAUGGCUGAGGAUUUGCACUCGUGCAUCUUGGAACAGCUUGAGAGGAACAAUAUGAAUAUGAGAGCCAAUAUCAUGUAUUUCAUCGAGCACUUCCUCGACAUGGCUCACAGGGACGGCCAUCAUGAAUAUGUCGGCAUGAUGCAACGCGACAUUAUCCGUGUCGUGGAUGCUGUCGCUCCAGAUGAUGGGUCUGGUGCAGCCAAUAUCAAGGUUGUCCGAAAGGUGCUUCAUGCACUUCAAAGCAAGUCCUUCCUGGAUGCCCAAGUCGUGUCCCAGAUUGAAGAGGUUCUCAAAGAGCGCGAUGCCUCAGCCCAAGAUAUCAACCUCCUCUCUUCUCCACCGGAGGCCAGCGAUGAAAAUGGCGCUUCAUCCCGCAGCCACGGUCAUUCAUCACAUCAUCAUCAUCACAGGCGAGGCGCACACCAUCGUGGCCCGCCGAAGCUCGACAAGAGGCAGAUCGAGCAACGCAUCGAAGAAGAUCGCGAGCGCCACAAACGACAACGUGAAAAUAUCUGGGCUAUUCCUCCCGGAGAGGAUGCUGAACUGCAGAAGCUAUGGGAAGAGACGAGUGAUCUGGGUGAGGAUGACCACCGCAUGGGUGAGGAGGAGUAUGCCGAGUGGAAGAGCCAAAUGAAAGCAGCUAAAUGUGUGCAUCAGAGGGAAGCAGAGAGAAAUGGGACCUAUUCUUAA